UUGUACAACAAUAUAUAACGUUCCAUUAGACUUAAAAGGUUAGUAUAUUCCUUGGGAGACCUUUCUUUAACCACUCUUUGUUCUGCAAUCAUUUCCUCCAUUUUCACAUUGUUAUGGACCUUUCACGCAUCACGCUCCGUCCAUUCAGGCUGUCGGACGCGGAUGAUUUACUUCUGUGGGCAGGUGAUGAUCGAGUGACUCGGUCCAUCAGAUGGAAGACUCUGGCAUCAAAAGAGGAGGCAUUGACCUUCAUCGGGGAAGUCUGUAUACCCCAUCCUUGGCGUCGUUCGAUCUGUGUCGACGAUCUUUCGAAGGGCUUUGUAUCAGUUUUCCCUGGAUCAGGGGAUGAGAGAUGCAGAGCAGACAUAGGAUAUGCUUUAGCAGUUGAAUAUUGGGGCCAAGGCAUCACUACUGAGGCUUUAAAGUUGGCUGUUCCUCAGGUGUUCAAGGACUUCCCUGAAGUUUUAAGGCUCCAGGCUUAUGCUGCUGCGGAAAAUAUAGCCUCGCAAAGGGUACUGGAGAAAGCUGGGUUUCUGAAGGAGGGCACAUUGAGAAAGUAUAGCUAUCUCAAGGGGAAUUUAUGCGACUUGGUUGUUUACAGCUUCCUUUCUACAGAUAUCAAUCCAUCAGUCUAAUUUUCAUUUUCUGGGUGUUCACACAAACGCUUUGUCCUUUCUCAAAUGCCCCGGAAUCUUGUUUGUAGUAGCUCAUUCUGAAGCUAGCCUAUGUUCGACCUAUAGCCUACUGUUAAUCAAGCCUAUCCGCCUGAACUUUUUGUUUAUCCGGGAAAAUCCACUUUUAGUUCUUAAACUUUAAGGUAAGGAUACAUUUCGUCUCCAA